ACUACAAACACACUGAACCGACCUCAGGGACACAGACAGAGACGGAGAGACACAAGCCUGACACAAGCCCAAACCUACAGGACACAAAAGAAGCUGCAAAAAGAAACCUUUCUCCUUUCAGUCUCGAAGAUGAGUUCCAGACUGUCAGGUGAUCCAGAGAAGGAGGAAGAGGAAGAUAAUGAGGAGGAGGAGGAGGGAGAAGGAGAAGAGAGCCUCAACCCAACAGAGGUGAAAAUGAGUCAGAUAGUGAUGCCCUGCCACAGCAACCAUCGACAGGAGCUGAGCGUGGGACAACUGCUUAAGUGGAUAGACUCCACUGCCUGCCUUUCUGCUGAGAGGCAUGCUGGGAGUCCCUGCGUCACUGCCUCUAUGGAUGACAUCCACUUUGAACACACCAUCAGUGUGGGUCAGGUGGUGAACAUCAAGGCAAAGGUCAACAGAGCCUUUAACACCAGCAUGGAGGUGGGCAUACAGGUGAGCUGUGAGGACCUGUUCUCUGAUCGUCACUGGAGGGUUUGUCACGCCUUUGCCACCUUUGUUACUCAGCGCACAAACACGGGAAAAAAGGUGAUCCUGAAGCCAAUUGUACCUCACACUGAGAAAGAGCAGGUUGAAUACAGUGUGGCUGCUGAGAGACGGAGGGUCAGGAUGCUUCACGAUGACAUCAUCAAAGAUCUACUCUCCCAUGGGUCGAUCCAGCAGGUCGACAGCUCAGCAGUAGCCAAUGCGGUGGCAGCAGAGAAGACCAAGGUGGAGAGUGUUGAACUGGUUCUACCCCCGCAUGCUAACCAUCAGGUAAAUACAUUUGGAGGUCAGAUCAUGGCCUGGAUGGUGAAUGUAGCUACGAUUGCUGCCAGUCGUCUUUGUCAGGCUCACCCGACUCUGCAGGCCAUCGACAUGUUCACCUUUAGAGGACCUUCUCAGGUUGGUGACAGACUGCUGCUGAAAGCUAUAGUCAACAACGCCUUCAAAAGCAGCAUGGAGGUGGGGGUGCGAGCGGAAGCCUACCAGGAGGAAGGGCCUAACAGACACAUAAACUCUGCAUUCAUGACAUUCGAGGUGCUUGACGACCAGGGGAAGCCAUGUGCGUUACCGUGGAUUCGACCCGAACCCUUGGAAGGGGAGAGAAGGUUUCAAGAGGCCAUAGCAAGGAAGAAGAUCAGAUUGGACAGAAAGUACAUCAUUUCCCACAAGCAGGGCGAGGUCCCUCUGUCUGUACCCUGGGACCCCAGAAACCAGGUGUAUCUGAGCUAUAACAAUGUUUCAGCUCUGAAGAUGUUGGCUGCUAGAAAAAACUGGCGCCUCAGCUCUGAGAAAGACAAGGUUCGUCUUUACACCUUGGAGUACAAGUCCAUGUUGAGUUUCAGGGUGGAAUCAGAGGUGGAUGUACCCGCUCACAGAGCUUUUAGUCUGCUGGCUGAGCUGAGCAACAGGACGAGCUGGGACACACAUUAUCAGAAUUGUGAGCUGAUUCACCGGGUGGAUGAUGAUGACUUUCUGUAUCGUGUGGUGACCCCAUCAGUGCGGCAGGGUGGAGUAGGUUCCCCGACUUCAGCCCUCCAGGGAGAAGGGAUUCGCCAGGACUUCAUCUUGUUGGCUUCUAAGAGGAAGCCGUGUGGCAGCGGAGAUCCAUACGUCAUUGCACUGCGUUCAGUGUCCCUGCCCACUCACCCUCCCGUAGAAGGUUAUAAUAGAGGAGAGGUUCUGUGUGCUGGAUUUACCAUACUAGAAACCAAAGACAACAAGUCACUGAUCAGUUACUUCAACCAGGCAUCUCCAGAGGUUCUUCCCUACAUCUCCACAGAUAUUGCUGGCCUCUCCUCCUCUUUCUACCACAGCUUCUGCUCCUGCAGCCAAUACCUGACCAGGAACAGACUGCAGUCUGCCUCUGAGGUGCAAACAGACCAAUACCAGGCCACGAGUACAGACAGUCCCACCUGUGAUAAUGAAGCUGACAAUCUGUCAUCUGCCCUCCACAGCACCAAGCUGUAGACAGUCAGUGGUACUUUAGGGCUGGGCGAUAUGGAGACAAUCAAAUAUCAUAAUAUUUUUGACCAAAAAAAUUAUAUUCAAUGAUAUUGAAGGAUUAACCUUGGGUGCUUUGACAAAAUAUUUAGACAAUUAGAUUUUUGAGAAAAAAUCAUCAGUAAUGUGGAUAGAAGUAGAUAAGGCAAACAAUAGAACAGCAACAGCUAGAAUAGUCUGUUUAAGUUCAAACAUUUACAGCACUUUACUGUGAUGCAGCUUUUAAAACCAGCAUUAAUGAUAUCCACUCUCUAUGACUACAUCUGUUUCAUAUCUGUAAUAAUGAUAUAUUGCCCAGCCCUACUUUCCAUACCAGUUCACGUCACAAAUUGUAAAGUGAGGUCAAGCUACUGUUUAUACAACGUAGUAUGAUUAACACUGUUGAAGUGUUCAGGAAAACGAAAGGUGACGUUUACAUUAUUUUUUUGUCAAAAUUUGUUUUUAAAAGAAGCAGUGUAUAAAAUUUAAGGGGACUCAGUGGCAUCUAGCAGUGAUGAUAGCAGAGUACAAAAAGCUAAAACCUCUCCUAGUUAGAAUUUAUUUCAGUGUUCGUUGUUUAGGAGGUUUUUACCAGGAGUCUCUUCCUCUCCAAAACAAAUAGACCAGGUAAUUAAAACUGGUAAUAACACUGAAUAUAGCGUUUUCACAUCACAAAUCAGUAUUUUUCCUAUCCUGCUCAACACAUCACAGAAGGGCCGCUAGGCCAGCCCCUGCUACUGUGUGCUCACCUUUUUUCCCCUGAUGACUUAAGAUCUAGAUAUUGAGGAGUUUUUUUUUUUAACCAGGAACCAGAUUAUCUACAGAGGUCUCUUCAUCUUCAAAACAAAAAGACCUGAGGCCUGUACUAUGAAGCAGGAUUUGGAGUUAGUGAGGUAACUUCAGGGUUCAGUCUAGGUUUUCAGUACUACGAAGCUGGUUGUCUUUUUACCGGGAUGAAUCACUUACGCAGAACAGCUAACCUGCUCCGGAGCAGGUUAAGUUCAGACUUUCUGAUCACAGCUUGUCAACAUCCUGACCUCUGACCAAUUAGAUCACUGAAGAAAAAAGUAUCUAUGGAUACAAGUCUGGAGUCUCAGGUAAAAAAGAGUAACCUAUAUAUUGUUAUAGGUCAGUAGAAUAAUUUCAUUGUUCCAGGGCUCUAUUUCCACUUGUUUUAAAACAGAGCUUCUAACAAACAUAGAGAUCCUUUACAACACUAAACACAUGAUUUUUACUCAUGCUUAGUUUAUUUUAGUUCACAGUGAUAGUGUUGAUAUUUUACACUCUGAUUCCAUCACUGCAGCUCAAAAUAACUUGACACGCCUUGUUAUGAGAACUAGGGAGAGAAAGACAAUCUUUUAUUAGUGACAUAAUCCACACACAGUUAAUUAGCUCCAGUUAUUAUAAAUGCAACAUUUGGGUCAGAUAGACCUCAUCAGUCAUUAACUUGGCUACUUUUCAGCCUUUUACUUCAGUAGCAGAAACAGUCUGACAUUACUUUAAAGUGUUUUAUGUGACAUAUCAAAAUACUCUAAUACUAAUACUAGGCUAAAUAAAUAAAUAACAUAUCAAUGUCACAUAUAGCCUAGGUAUACCUAUACGUAAAUUAAGUCUUGGCUAAUGGUGUAUUUUUGGAUAGUAUUUUCAAUAUUUCUACAUUUUCCAUUAUAAGAUUACAGAGCAUUGUUUACAUUAAGAUUUUACUGUCUUGCAGACGCAAACACUUUCAGUACCGUUUCAUCUCAUAUCGUGUGAAGCACCCUACUUCAUUCAUGGUUCUGAUGAUGUCGCUUGAAAUUAACAGCCCUGUCUCUUUCACAUGAAAGCGCUCAUGGCUGGAAAGGGAAACCUAGAGUUGACUGAACUACUUCAUAACCAGCUUUGUAGUACCGGUUAUCUAGUCGGACAAUGUUAGGGGUAGUCAAACCAGAUAACAAAAAGAUAUCUAGGGUAAGUUGAACUGGCUUCGUAGUACAGGCCUCUGGUUAUAUAAACCAGUAAAAAAACACUGACUAAUGCUGUUUUACAUUACAAAUCAGUGUUUUUCCUGCGUUGUCAUUGUGGAAGGGCUGCUGACUACGGUAGCUGAUGCAAAAAUGUGAAUAGCACUAUCUAGAGCCAAUGUUUGAUUUGUCCGUUCUGGGUUACUGUAGAAACAUGGUAGUGCAAUACGGUGAUCUCCGUAGACAAGGACCAGCUCCCAAUGUAGAUAUAAAUGGCUCACUCUAAGGUUACGAAAACACAACAGUUCUUACUUUCAGGUGAUUAUACGUGAAAGAAAACAAAAGUAUAAUAUUAGAUUUAAUUUCUGUCAAUAUAUCACCCUAAAUCCUCCACACUGGACCUUUAAACAAAGGUGUUAGUAUAGAAAAUCUAAGAUCAAAGUGAGCAUGGAAAAAAAACUGUCUCAGACACUCACAUAGACACAAUAUUUAACCAGAGUCCGAUGUAAAACAUAGACCUGUGCUGUCUCAAUUUGCAAUUUUCCAUACGUACACUUGCUAUUUUGAGCGCAUAAGUGCAUUCACACUGACAAGCAUGGCAAAAUGCAGUGCACUGUGAGUACUAUACCCUAUAUUAAUAUUGAUCAAAAAGUUGAGAGUGGAACGCUGGACUCCCACCAUCAUUUGAUUGCCAUCUCGGCUUUGAGCACAAGGGAGUGGCCACCAAACUUGUGAAAAUGGUGGCCUAGGAAGCUGCAGUUGUUCCAGUGAAUAAGCAAAGAAACUGGCAGAUAUUUUCGUGGGUGACAGUCGUGGUCAAAUGUUGGUGGUAAUGCUCUGUCUAUUUACAGUUUGCCAUUACAUAGAAGAGUUCAAACGUUGAGACUGUCAUUUCUGAUAAGUACCAACAGCCAUGUUCGAUAUGAAUCAACACUAUCCUGUAGAACUUCAUGCACUAUGCAAGUACAUAAUGUACUAUAUGGAAGUGUACUAAUAAAGCAAGUACAUAAUGUACACAGCACUGAUUUCACUGAUUUGGCAAAUCUAACUGUAACCAAAUUUGUAAAUCUAACCAAGUAUGGGGUUUAUAGGAAAUGCAGGGUUCAUUUUUAGAAACACUAAGAGUGGCAUUAAGUGGUGAGAGAAUUGUUCCCAUUUUCUGUCUAGAAUUAGCACAAGGUAACAUCUGUCUUUUGAUAAAAACAUUGAUGUUUCAUUAAAUGCUUUUAUAGGAAUUUUAAUAAAAUGUUUUUAAAAAAUAUGUUUGCUAUAUCUGUACAAUCAGAAUUCAACUGUAAAUGACACAACAAAAUACAAUUACACAACUGCAGUAUGCCACACUGCUGAGACACUUCAGUCUGGACCAAAGUGGUCUACUGACCAACCAACUGACUGACAUUGCCACGGUCGGAGUUGAGGUGAUUAAGAAUUAGUAAUAAAAUUUGGUUGAAUCUAAAUAUUUUGAGAGAGACAGUAGCACAGUAUAAACAGUUAGUCUAUAGACAUGCUAGCUCUGUAAGGGUGUAAUGCUCACUGUAAAGAAAACCAAUUAAGAUGAGUCAAAGCUGAUGUCUAAAUGUUAAAAUUGGCAAGUGGAUUGUGUCACAGGAACCUUUUUUUGUAUCGUGUAUCAAAGGGAUUUAUUCACUUAUGAGCAAGAAAGAGAUGUGUGUGGCACUAUUCCUCGUUUUUUUGUGGCAUGAUGGUGCAAGCAGAAACAUAAAUUAUGUCCUAAAGUUCCUUGUGAGAUUUGAUAUCAGCAAAGUGAUUACAGUUCCUUCUGGGAGGAUAAUGAAUGUCUUUACAAUGGAGAGCUGUUCAGUCAUAGACAGACGUCACUGAAACAAAAAGGUCAGCCUCCUUGUGGUGUUGGAGGAAAAGUUUGGGGAAUCAUUAAUUGUCAAGUUUUACUCAGGACCAAAGUGCUGGACCAACCACACGAUUGGAAGUGUGAUCCUGAAAGUCCCAUGGGAGCAUAGCUAUGUUCCUAGAAUCCUAUGAUUCUCAGGUCAUAUGCUCCUAGGCUCCCAUGUAUCCUAGUUUAAUAUUCUGUUUACAUACAUUAACCCUGUUGUUGUGUUUGGGUCCCAUUUGACCUGUUUCAUGUUAAAUAUUUCAGAAAUAAACUAACCUUACCUUAAAGCUUUUUCAUAAUCUUAUUAUGUUUACCUAAUGCUAAAUGUUUAAUAAUGUUUUUUCUCCCUUUUUAAAUGCCGUCUCUUUUAUUUUAAUGAAUUGGUUGACUUAUUCCCAUCAUGUGCUAUAUUGAGCUGCGGAACAUAGGACCCUGAGAACAUAUAACCCUGUGUAGAGCUUGGGAACUUCGGAUUAUGGGAACAUAAGACCCCUUGUCGUAUAAAUCUGGAGAACAUAGGACUCUGGGAAACACAGGACGUCAGGGACAUAUAAUCCUAGGAGAGCAAUAAUGUAGAACUUAGGAACUUCGGACCCUGGGAACAUAAGACCCUUUGCCAUAUAAAUCUGGGGAAGGGUAGGACCUUGGGAAACACAGGGCGUUGGGAACAUAUAAUUCUGGGAGAGCACUAAUGUAGAAUUUGGGAACUUUGGACCCUGGGGACAUACGAUUGUUUGUCAUAAAUUAGGAGAACGUAGGACCCUGGGAAACACAGGAUCUAGGGGACGUAUAAUUCUGGGAGAGCACUAAUGUAGAACCUAGGAACUUUGGGCCCUGGGAACAUAAGACCCUUUGUCAUUCCCCAUUAUGUUCCAUUUAAAUCUUGGGAACACAGGACCAUGGGAACAUAGGGAUAGGCAUAGUUAACUAUGUAGGCUAAUAGAUUUAGCAUGCCAGCUUCUGUUCUGGCAUCAAAGAGGUGCAACAAAAUUAUGUAGGUUGCUGGAAGUGAGGUAUUUUAUAGCUGAACCUAAACCUGCUAACAGAUUCUGUACCGUUAUUUUAGCCAUGCCAGUGGCUCUAGGGAUGGCAACAGUGGUCAGUGCUUUGGUUCGGACUGAAAUGUCUUGGCAACUGCUGAAUGGAUUUUAGUGCAAUCCUUUAUAGACAUUCAUGGUCAGUCCUAUUGACUUUGGUGAUCCCCAGA